UACGAAAAAGAAAUCUUCUCCUUUCAUGCAUCAUCAUGAAACAAUUCCCAACAAACUAAACAACCAAACUAAUUCCCAGAAACAAUAAACAAAACCAAAAAAAUAAAAAUAAAAAUAAAAGAAAGAAAAAGAAAAAUAAUUUCCAUCAUCAAGCCUGCCUCUUUGGCUCGUAGCAAUCGCCAUUUUCACGGUUAAUACACCUUGCUCACGCCUGGAGGAGGUGAGUUAUUGUUAAUCGUAAGUGAUGACGAGUCAAGGGGGAUUAUCAUCGUCGACGAAGAGAAGCUUGUCAUCGUUGAUUAUGCAUUCGCCGUCUCAGGGCAGGAAGAAAUCCGCCGCCGCCUCCGAAGGCGGCGGAGCUUUCUUGGGCUCUCCCUCUCACCGCAAAUCGCAAUCUCUGUCUCUCUCCACUCCCCGCUCCAUCAACAGGGCAUUGUCAGGGGAGAGAACGGUGAAGAGACUGCGUCUGUCUCGAGCCGUGACAGUACCUGAAACAACGAGUAUCAAAGAAGCUUGUCAGCGGAUGGCUGCAAGAAGAGUUGAUGCUUUAUUGCUCACUGAUUCUAAUGCAUUGCUCUGUGGGAUCCUCACAGACAAGGAUAUAGCUACAAGAGUCAUAGCUCGAGAGCUCAAUAUGGAUGAAACGCCUGCUUCCAAGGUUAUGACCAGGAACCCCGUCUUUGUCCUGUCCGACACUCUUGCUGUCGAAGCCCUCCAAAAGAUGGUCCAAGGAAAGUUUAGACAUCUACCUGUUGUCGAAAAUGGUGAGGUGAUUGCUCUGCUUGACAUUACCAAAUGCUUGUAUGAUGCCAUCGCCCGUUUGGAGCGUGCAGCAGAGAAGGGAAAGGCCAUUGCAGCUGCUGUUGAAGGUGUUGAGAAGCAAUGGGGCACCUCAGCCUCUGGCCCCGGCCCCAACACCUUCGUUGAGACACUUCGAGAGCGAUUUAAGCCCUCCUUAUCCACCAUAAUUUCUGAGAAUACAAAGAUUGCUACAGUCGAUCAAACUGACACUGUCGUAGCUGCUGCGAAAAGGAUGCACGAGCAACGAGCAAGCUGCGCCGUUGUAACAGUUGAUAACAAACCUCAUGGAAUUCUAACUUCGAGAGAUAUCGUGCGGAGAGUCAUAGCUCUCAAUCUUCCACCAGAAACCACCCUAGUGGAGAAGGUGAUGACUGCAAAUCCAGAAUGUUCUUCAAUUGAUUCUUCUAUAGUAGAGGCUCUUCAUAGCAUGCAUGAAGGGAAGUAUAUGCACCUUCUAGUUGUCGAUAAAGAUGGGGUGCUUGUAACUGUCAUCGAUGUGCUCAAUAUAACGCACGCGGCUGUAACCACUGUUGGUAGUGCUGGACUUAACAAUGAAGCUGCAAGCAGCAUGAUUCAGAACUUCUGGGACAAUGCAAUGGCGCUAAGCCCCGACGACGACGAUGAGAACCGGAGUGUGGCUUCGUUGAAGAUGCAAUCUGAGGGAGGGGACACGGCUCUCUUCCUUCAGCAAUCUUCUUCCACUGCCAACAUUUUUGCUUUCAAGAUUCAAGACAAGAAAGGAAGAAUGCAUAGGUUCAUUUGCGAUACACACAGCAUGACUGAGCUGAUGACAGCAAUCCUUCAGAGAGUAGGAGCUGAGAUCGAUCGCAACAACCUUCCACAGAUUCUGUACGAAGACGAAGACAAGGACAAAGUCGUCCUUGCAUCCGACAACGACCUCGUCGCAGCCGUGCACCACGCAAGGCUGGUCGGCUGGAAGGGAUUAAGGCUACAUUUAGACUACUCGGGAACGCCGCGGCAUCGCCAACGGGCGUCCGACUCAGGAAGCAUGCAGUACGCUCAAUCGUCUCAAUCGUACGGUGGCCUUGCAGCCGGGGUGGUUCUAGUCGCCGCUUUAGGCGUCUACGCAGUGUUGAGGCGAACUCGAAGCUGAUAAAUUGAUUUGAUUUUUUUUUUUUUUUGUAUUCUUGCUGGAAGCAUAGAACUAUAUAUGCAUGAAAAUUAAACUGAGUUUAUAUAUGCUGCAGCCUCAUUGAUAUAUGAUAUUUCGUGAUGGAAAUAUUUGGAUUUAGUUAGAUACAUUUUAUUGUAUCUUUUUUGUAAUAGGGAGUUGUCUUUGAAUGUGUGAAUUGGAGAUAUCAUGGGAUGGCUUCCUUAAUGUAAAACUGGAACAUGAUAUCUAUGCAAUUAUGUCACUUUUUGAACA